AUGGGUGAUUUCCAAGGCCCCUUCAUAGUGUCACCCCCUCCUUCACUCUCUUCCUCGGAUAAAUCCAGCACAACCAUGCUAUACUAUGGGCUAGUAGUGGUGGGGAUUGCAGCCAUGGCAUUAGCCCUAUAUAACUUCAUCAUCAUCAAACGAAGUAGAAGGCGCCAUAUGCAAUCACAGGCUGCAGGGGCAAAUGGGUUGGUGGAGGGGGCGGUGAUGGAAAGUAGUGGAACUGAGAACUGCCAAAGGAACAACUUCAACAUGCUCUCAAGCUUCAAGUACAAGAAAGAAGGAAUUGGAAAUGAUGGUGAUUAUGAUUAUGAAUGCCCAGUUUGCUUAUCGGGUUUUGAAGAAGGUGAAGAAGUGAGGAAGCUGCCACGGUGCAAGCACUGGUUCCACGCACCGUGCAUAGACAUGUGGCUCUACUCUCAUCUCGAUUGCCCAAUUUGUCGAACACCUGUUGGGCAAUUCUGUCACCGUUUCCAUUCUGGUCUGGGGUUACUGGAAUCCAGUGGUGGUGGUGGCGGUGGCGGUGGCGUCUCGGUAGUAUGA